CUUCUACAUUGGGCUCUUGCUCUGUGAGGGCACCAUAACUCAAAGUUGAAGAGGACUGAGAGAAGCUUGUCCAUGCAUCCUUUGCACAUUGUCUACAUCAUCGUUGAGGUGCUGAUAGCAGUGACUGCCACCUUAGGAAAUGCUCUCGUGAUCUGCGUGGUGAGAUGGAUCCCAGCCUACCAGAACACCACUUUUUACUUCAUUGUGUCCUUGGCACUGGCUGAUAUUGCCGUUGGGGUCCUUGUUGCCCCUCUGGCCGUUGUGCUAAGGUUGGAGGUUGUCCUCCACUUCUACGCUUGCCUUUUCAUCUGCUGCAUCUUGAUGAUUUUUUGUCACGCUUCCAUCAUGUCCCUGCUGGCUAUUGCAACAGACCGAUAUCUGAGAGUGAAACUGGCCAUACGGUACAAAGCAAUGGUCACACGGAGAAGAAUCUGGGUGGCUCUGAGUUUCUGCUGGAUCACGUCUCUGUUGGUGGGUCUCAUGCCCAUGUUUGGAUGGAACCUAAGGAAGUCUGAAAACCCCAUCUACUUGAAGUGUUCUUACCAAAAGGUGAUGAGCAUGGAUUACGUGGUGUACUUCAGCUUUUUCUCCUGGAUCCUUGUCCCACUGCUGAUCUUGUGUGCGCUCUACUCAGAGAUCUUCAACAUCCUCCAAACAAAGCUGAAACAAAAUGCAACAUCCACGAAAGGAACACGGAUCCUUUAUGGGAGGGAGUUCAAGAUGAUCAAAUCUUUGGCUCUGGUCCUCUUCUUGUUCAUUGUGUGCUGGCUGCCUCUGAUCAUUAUCAACUCCGUCUCACAUUUCUGCCAAACAUGUCGUGUCCCCCUGCCAGUGUUAGAUGUGGCCAUUCUGCUCUCCCAUGCCAAUUCUUCCUUAAAUCCCAUUGUGUAUGCCUUGAGGAUCAAAAGGUUCCGAAAAAUGUAUAUCCUGAUUUUGAAAACCCAUGUCUUCUGCCUGAAACAAGAACCAGACACAUCUAAAAUGGAGAACACGUUCUCGGAUCAGGUGAUAGAAGAAAGUAUCUGAAAAAACACUGAAAGAGCAUUUCCCCACCAAAAGUCCUUGUUUUCUUCCUUCCACAGUGUGAGUAUUUAAUAUGAC